AUGUUUCAGGCUGAGUUUGACAAAGCUGCCGAGGAUGUUAAGUACUUCAAGACCAAGCCAGCAGAUGAUGAGAUGUUGUUCAUCUACAGCCACUACAAGCAAGCAACUGUACGUCACGUAAACACAGAAUGGCCUUGGCUGUUGAAUCUCAGAGGCAAGGCCAAGUGGGAUGCCUGGAAUCAGCUGAAAGGGACUUCCAAGGAAGAUGCCAUAAAACCUUACGUCAACAAGUAG